ACCAUAAAACGCCAAUAAAACUUCUUAAAAUGCCAUAGAGUUCCCUGAAACUUCCUUGAGAACCGCCCGAACGCCGUGAAACGUAACUACAACGCCUUGAAACCCCCUAAGGCGCCCCUGAAUUUCCCUAAAACGCUCUUGAAAUUCCUAAAAACGCUUCUGAAGCCCCCUGAAAUCCCCUAAAAUGUUAUGUAACAGACUCCCUUUGAAACGUCCCUGAAAAUCCCCUUAAACCCUCAAAUGCUCUCCCCUCUCGAAACCACUUAAAUGGUAUGACAAAAGCCCUAAAACGCUACUGGUCUCCUUUAAAACGCUUCUGGAAGAUUCUGGCGCAGAGCACGGCACAAUGAGAGAGAGAGAGACUGUCUACUGCAGAGGCGAUCGAUAGACUCCAGAGUCCAGACUCUAGAAAUUGCAUGGUAUUGUGGCUUAAACCAGUAUUUUUGGUCUUCAUCUUGGUUUACGAUCCGCAAUAUUAGAUUUAAUAGAAUAUUCAAUUUCAAAAUCGACAGGUUCCCAUAAUACGAAAUACAAUUGCUUGAACCACCUUGUCACGGUCGCCAUGUUGCAGUUGAAAACGGCGUCGGACCGAUCGACAGACUCAACUCGUAAUACAUGGUACAAUAGUUUGAAUCACCAUUUCACGGUCGCCAUCUUGGAUUAUGAACCGCCAUUUUGGAUUUCAAGAUGGCUUGUGAUAUCGAUUUAGUUAGUUCCACACUCCUAUACUGAAUGGUACCAUUCCACGUCCAUUUGUUUAGGUUCGGUUUAUUGCGAGAACAACACAAUUCUAAUUCCGAAGGGCACAGGAAAAUUGUGCUCAUCUGAAUCGGUUUCUAUAAGCGAUGACAGUACUAGUUUGAUACUGAAAGUCUCUCAGUGCUGACAGCCAUGUCUCACAGUGGCCUCUGUCAAACUGUUUGUAUCUGAUUCGGAAGGGCACAGAGGGUGGUAAUCUGGACCGUUGUUUCUGAAGGGUGUUGAUGGUUCUCAUCUGGAUAACUUCUCGAAGCUGCUCUUUGAUUCCAAUCGCAUAAGGCUUCUAUAGAACUUACACUUCAGAAUCUGAUUCAAAAGGGCGCCUACGGUGCCCAUCUGAGACACUUUAGAGCACUAAUAAUACUAUUAUGAUACUGAAGGGCGCUAAUACCUAGUUGUCAUCUGCGCAUUGCCUUCUCAAUUUGCAAAAGAAACCAUAAAACACUGUUGAUAUCUGAUUCUGAAGGGCGUGUUCAGGUUUCAGUAAAAAAAAAACUGAUAUCGAUCGCUAAAGUAAAUCUUUUAGAGUGAGUUUCGUUUAAAUUUGAUUCUAAAGGGCGCAGAUAGUAUUUGUAAACCCUCUUUUUUGACAGAACGCUGAAGAGUGUCACAUCUGUGAAACUUCAGAAAUGUUCGAAUCUGAUUUUGAAGGGCGUAAGAGUAAAACUCAUCCGAGCUACUCUAAAGCGACAAUAAUAAUCUGGUUCGGAAGCAUUUGUAUUAUCUUUCAAAAUUUAAUGGGCAUCUGAUUCUGAAGGGCGUAGAUAGUGUUGAUUCGAAUCGGACCUAAGCGAUACUGUUAUCGCUAAACUAAUUUAUUGUGUAAACCUUAGAUUCUCAUGUGAGAAAUUGUGAAGCGGAAAUAAUACGAAUUUGUUUCUGAAGGGUGUUCUCAUUUAAAAGAGUAUCUCUGGACCUCAGUAUAAGGCUAAUUGAAGCCACCUUACAGCAAAAUUAUUAUCAUUUUGUGACUGCGCCCUUUAACAUCAUAAGUUGACAUCUGAUUCUGAAGGGUAACUCAAGGUUUUGGCAAGUAGAUCGUUAAUUGAAGCCUUUGAAGCUAGAUUAGCGUAAAUUUAAUUUUAACUUUUUUGCAAGAAAAGAGAGAUUUGUUGAUGAAUUGUGCCACGUUCAAAACUAAUCGUAUCGAUUUCUGAAGGGUGUAAAAUCAAACACCACCGAGCCACUCUACAGCGAUCAUACAAAUCUGAUUCUCUGAAGCGUAUGCAUUAUCUCCAAAUUACAUUUCAAGUCCAUUUUCGUAGUCUAGCAAAUUCAGUGUGAAUCUGAUUCUGAAGGGCGUACACUGAUUAAAAACACUGUUGAUAUCUGAUUCUGAAGGGCGUCAAGACAUUUUUGAUUGCUAAUUGAAGCCUUUAGUAUGGGAAUUUGAUUCGAGAAAGGCGUAGAUUGUGUUCAUAGACACACUUUUCCACAAGAACAAGAAUAAUUUCUUGUUAAAGGGUGCCACAUCUGUGUAACUUCAGAAUUGUUCGUAUCGGUUUCUGAAGGGCGUAAAAUUACACUCGUCUGUAUCACUCUACAGUGAUAAAACAGAUCUGAUUCUAAAGUGUAUGCAUUAUCUUCCAAAUUGCAUGUUAAAUCCAUUUUGGAAGUCUCCUUAUAAUCAGAAUUAUUGUGAAUCUGAUUCUGAAGGGCGUACAUACCCAAUGACCAUGCUGUACAAUAAACCCCUCUUAAACCUCCUAAGAUGUCAAGCUAGGUGCAACAUAAUGGCGUAGUGUACGUUCAGCGAGCUUGUCUUGGUCAUAUUGACCCUAGAGUUAAGCUUGUUAAAAAAAAGCUAAAUAAGCUGUUAUUCGGCUAUCAUUGUUACUUGGGUAGGGUUGAUUUUCGAAACACUCAAGCAAUACUGCCAUUGCUGAACAAAUUCAUUCUGACAUUUUUUGAAUCUUACCUGAGAAAUUGUAGAGUGAAAAUAGUACGAAUCUGUUUCUGAAGGGUGUUCAUGGUUCUCAUCUAAAAAUUACAAAAAUGGAUCUGAUUUAGAUCGCUAAUCAAAGUUCUAAUCUGUUUCUGAAGGGAGUAGAUUUGAUACAUCUCAAUCAUUUUUUUUUUUUGCGAGGACAACACUAAUUUACUUUUGAAGGGAGCCUGAUGAGCCUUCAUCUGGAUAAACUACUAAAAUAGAAAUCUGGCAGUAUUUUCAUGUAUCUGACUCUAAAAGGAGUUCUUGUAUAGAUCAUCUUGUUAACGUUAGUAUUGGAUUUCACUUUCGAAAUUUGUCCAUAUGGUUUGAAAUAUUGUUAACAAAAUACGAAAUAAUAAAGGCUUUUGUCUAGGGAUGUCAAAUUGUUCAUAAUGAUCGAGUAUUAGUUAUGAUCGAGUGUGGUAAUAUGAUCGAGUUUCGAAUAAAUUGACCUUCUCUGGUAGAUCAAUACUGAAACUAAUCAAAUGAUCAGUAGUCGAUCUUUAUCUUAACCUAAAUUAAUCGAAAAAACAAUAACUUCCCGACAUCCCUACCGUUAUUGCGCACUUUCAAAUUCAUCGAUCACAUUUUUAACCACUGUGCGUCGUCGCUUUAGGCGGCGGUACCGAUCGACUCAAAAUAAGACAUCAAAUUAUCGUUGAAAACAUACGUUUAUCGACUCGUCGUCUUCUUCGCCGUCGUCGUCGAACGGCGUCGGAAAAACGAAGCCAGCCCUCUCUCGACUGGUUUAUUUUUACCAAAAUUACUUAAGUCUUUCUGCUCGUGUUGUUGAUCGGUUGUUUUUGUUGUUGUUACUGUUACUGUUGAAUUGCGGUCGUCAUUAUUUACUCAAUUGUGUAGCAGCACCCCCACACGAAGUUGUUGCGAUUUUUUUUCUUUCCUAGAUGAACUAAUGCGAGAAAAGUAUCGGAAAAAAAAUUGCGAUUCCCACAGAGGAGGGGUGCGUUUAGUAGUUUCGACCCGAAAAAUGGAUCGACGACGACGACUACGAGGAAAGCCUUGACGAUCCAUCAAACGGUGGCGUCCAAACAUUCUCCGCCAGCCCAUCCAUCCCGUCCCAGUCGAGAUUCGAGAGAUGGUGGUCCAGUUUUCCCACGCAAGAUUUUCCCCUUUUUUUCCGCUCUCGUGGCGCCACUCUGUAGUUGCGAGACCGUUGUGAGAGCAGUGAGAUCGGCAAAACUUUUGAAAUACACACACAAACUCACGAGAUCGCUGGGCGAUCUUUUGAGGAAAAGAUUUUCACGAUUAGCCAUCGAACAGGGAUGUAGCUUCGGGAAUUGGAAUAAACUUUAUUCAAAUUCAUUCGUCAAUGAAUUAAAGAAAAUGAAUCCGAUCUAUGCGACGAAGGAAAGAAAGUCUUCUAUAUCGACCUAAUUCCAGAAAUAAGAAAAAUUCGGAUUAUCGAUUGCUUUUUUCAAUAUUUCACGUGCAAAACUCUAAGAUUGGAUUCAGUCAUGCGAAAAAAAAAGCUGCAAGCAAUACCGAUUUGUUAAACCUAUCGAUAAAGUAGAUCACUUACCAUUCAUCAUUGAAUUCAUCAAAGUUCAUGGCAUUGUCAUAAAAAAAUAACAACUCCGUCUUAGCAACUGAUUGUCAGUUGAUAGAUAGUUUUUCGUGGAUGGUCGAUAAAGAAGAUUGUCUCCCGCCAUUACAGUUACGUGCUCUUUCAGUGAUUUCAAUGAAGAGCUUAUCACAGUGAAUCGAAGUAGGUAUCUUUAUCGAUUAUGUGAAUGGAAUCCAACAUCAACCCUUGAUUGCAUUCUAUCGAUUAUGCUUGAAUUCUUAUGAGUCGGUGAACAAGAAACGAGGACCACAUCAAUCUUUGUGGUCCACGAUUAAAGAUUUCUUGAGAGGAAAAUUUCUCAAAAAAUAGCCUUCUCUCGGCUGUAUUUCAACCCUUGGUUAGUCGGUAAAGUAGAUGUGCGAUUAUGAGGCAAUGCCUUGUAAAGAUUCGUCUCAAAGUCAUGUACCUUAAGCAUCUCCAUCUUAACAACCGAUUGUUGGUUGGUAUAUAGUUUUUUUUUAAUAAAUGGACGAUAAAGAAUAUAUUCCCACCAAUAUUGUUACUUGCUCUUUCAAUGAUUUUAUAUGACGAGCUCAUCACAGUUAAUCGAAGCAUGUAUCUUUUCGACCAUGUGAAUAACAUCCAACAUCGACCCUUAGUCGCAUUAUAUCGCUUAUGCUUGAAUCUUAUUAGUCGGUAAAGAAGAUGCGUGAACCACAUCGAUCUUUGAAUGUCAAUUACAUGUGAGGCAUCGAUGUAACGAAAAUUUGAAUAAUCAUGAUAUUUUAGGUAAAAAUUACUUGAAUAAUCGCUUGAGUUGCAAUAUAAACCCUUGGUUAGUCGGUAAAGUAGAGAUGCGAUUUAUAUUCUCCUUUAGAUAUUUUUAUUACCUAUGGUAGUCCAAAAAUGGUCACCGAAACAGGUGUUCGUAGAUGAAAUUUUACACUAAGGAACGUGAAAUUUGCUAAAUCUCAAACUGUCAAAGUCACGUGAAAUUCAUGACAUUUGACAGCUCUGAUUAAAACUCAUCCUGUUGACUGUACCUUAUUCAUGAUCGAUAAAGAAGCACCAUUUGUCAAGAAGUUGCUUUCUGGCAGCAGUGUUUGGUCCAUGGAUAGUCGGUUUAGAAGAGUCGAAUUAUAUUAACCUAUGUUAUCAUCGAUAAAUUACGUAUACAGACUAGAUGUAGUUGGAUUAUAGUUAAUCGGUAAAGAAGAGGCGUCAACAGUGCGGUUGUUCUUCAUGGCGAAACGUCCCAACCACCGAAAAAGUUCCUGAACUGACCGGGAAUCCAACCAGUCACCCUCAGAAGGAUCUUGCCUGUUAACUUUUUGGCUAUAUGGUCAAUGGAAUGUUUAAAUGGCAGCUUCUCUAUCGAUGUAACGAGCAAUUUUCUCAAAAAAAUCUCUUUUUGGUCGGCAAUGUAGAAGUGAGGUCAAUAUGAUUUUUUCACUUUUUUUAAUCACUUUCUUUUCGAUGUGGUGAACAGAGAGACGGUGCAGAUGAGGUAUGAUUUGUUUAUAUUAAAACUCAUUCUGUUAACUGUACCUGUUAAUCGAUAAAGAAGAGGCAGGAUAUGUUCCAAUAGCCACCAUCUGACGCAAUAUUUACCCCGGGUUAGUCGGUAAAGAGGAAACACCAACCUAAAUAAUCCAUAGAACAUAGACAUCUAUAGAUAUCCAUGAAGAUAUCCAUGAAAAUAAUUCUGGCAACUAUCUAUUCUUCUUACAAAUGUUCGGAGUAUCGAAUUGUGUGCAAAUUCUAAACCGGAAUACUGUAAGAAUUCAGAAUCUUAUUUUAUGAUAAUUGAGUCUGGAUUCUGUAACAAUUCCGGUAGGAGUCUAGUUGGAACAUUGAGACCGAACUUGUAAAAGUUCUUAGACGGAUACUGUAAGAACACUAUGACCUAUUUGUACUCGCCAUUUUUUAAAGAAGAGGUGGAUUCUGUAAAAAAUCCUAAUCCUAGUAAGAUUUUUGAUCUGUAUUAACGAGAUUUUUAACCCUAAAGACCCUAAAGACCCUGAGACACAUAUUUUGAGAGUCCUUCGACGAAUUUUUCGAGAAUUUUAAAACGAAUUCUGUGAUAAUCUUGCAAAGAACUGUGGGAAAAUCUGAAGUUUAAUUCUGGUGCAAUCAUCAGACGUAUAUUGUUGAAGAAUCCUGAGAUGGAUCCCAUUGAAUUCGCGAGUUAAUCAAGCGACACAUUCUGUUGAAAUCGUUACCUAUAACCAGACAGAUCUAAUGAAAGUCGUUAGACGGAUUCUGUAAAAAUCUGGAGAAGUAUUUUGAGAAGUCCUGAGACGGAUUCUGGAAGAAUCAUAUGUCUGAUAUUCGUAUUCUGUAAGAGUCCGGAGCCAAAUUUUAUAAGAGAGAAGAGGUGGAUUCUGCAUUAACCUUAGGCUAGAUUCUGAAACGUGUUAUUUUUUAGAAUCUGUGUCGGUUUUUGGGGAACUUCUAAUGCAGACUCUGUGAUAAUCUCGAUACGAUCUCUGGGAGAAUUUUAUGAUGCACUCUUGGAGAAUUUUAAGAUUUAUUCUUUAAAAUUCCUAAGCCAUAUUAAUAGGCAGAUUCUGUUAAAAUCUUCACAUGGGUUUUCGAAAAUCCUGAAUCAAAUUUCAAGAAAAUAUUGAGCUGGAUUCCGUGACAACUCCGAAAAAAGUCUAGCGAGAAUCGUUAGACGGAUUCUGUGAGAAUGUAGAGAAGCUUUGGGACGGAUUCUAGGAUAGUCCUAUGGCAUAAAUUCGAAAGAGCCCUGAGUCAAAUUUUAUUAGAGGGGAGAGGUGGAUUCUGUACUAAUCUUCUUGAGUGAGACGUGUUAUUUUUGAGAAUGCUGUGGCGGAUUUUGGGAGAAUUCUAAAGCAGACUCUGUGAUAAUCUCGAUACGAGCUCUGGGAAAAUCUGGAGACUUUAUGUUGCAUUCUCGGAGAAUGCUGAGAUGAAGAAUGCAUCUAAAAUGUCUGAGCCAAAUUUAGAGGCAGAUUUUGUUAUCUUGGAUUUUACAAGGAUCCUGAAUCAGAUUUCAAGAAAAUAUUAAUCUGGAUGCUGUGACGAUUCUGAGUAAAGCCUAAUUCAGAGAAGGAUUUUGUGUAGUCCUGAGACGGAUUCUGGGAGAGUUCUAGGAAUGAUGAAAAAUCUGUAAAAGUACAGAGCCAAAUUGUAGAAGAAUGACCAGGUGGAUUCUUCAAAAACCUUAAGCGCAGUGCUGAGAAAAUUCAAAGACAAGUUUGACUAUUUUUUGAGAAUUCUUAGGCGGGCUCUGUGAUAAUCUCGAGAUGUACUCAGAGAAAGUUUGUAGAUGGAUGAUGAAAAAAAGAAGCAUUCCUAUGCCUAUGCCAAACUCUAUAUUUUGUUAAAAUUCUUAGAUGGAUUCUGUAAGAGUCCGGAGAUAAAUUUUUCGAGAAUUCGGUGACAAAAUCUGAGAUAUUUAUGACACGAAUUCUGUGAUAGAUUGCGGAAUAAAUCUGACACGUGAUCUGUAAAAAUCUUGAGCCAAAUUUUACAAGUAUUAGGAGGCAGACGCUGAUAAAAUAACUUGCUCAAUUCAGUAAGAAUCUUGUGAGAAUUCCAUGAAGAGAUAAUGAGAAAAGCUCGCUAGACAAGUUAUUUUUUUCAAAAUCCUGUGACAGAUUUUGGGAGAAUUCAGAGGUGGACUCUGUGAUAAUCUCGAGCUGAUUGUAGUGAAAUGAUCUUUGAGAAAAUCUGGAGAUGGAUUCUGGUAGAAUUAUUAGAUGCAUUCUCGAAGAUUCUUGAGACGCAUGCUUAAAAAUUCCUAAGCCAAAUUUUAGAAAACAUCAUCACGAAUCAGAUUUUGUUUAAACCCUUACCUGAAUUCUGUUAGAAUGCUGAGACGAAUUCUGUAAACAUAAUGUGACAUGUUCUGUAAGUAUUUUGAGACGCAUUGUGUGAGAGUUCUGAGUCAAAAUCUGAGGAAAUCAUUGAACGAAUUCUAUGAUAAUUCAUUAGUGGAAUUUGGGCGAACCCUGAGACGGUUUUUUUUUUUAUAUUCUAAGAUUUUUUUUUACAAAAAAACCAAUAUGGUAGAUUGUUGAGGAUUUCCAAGACAUAUUCUGUAAAAGUCUUGCCCCGAAUUUUAACGUGAGUUUUGUGACAAUCUCAAGACGAAUUUUGUGGUAUCCGUCAGAUGAACUCUGGAAGAAUCUGGAGAUGGAUUCUGGUAUAAUCAAAAUAUGCAUUCUCUGAGAAUCCUGAGACGUCAUCAAAUCUGUAACAAUCGUGAACCAAAUUCUACAAGCAUCAGGAGUUAGACUCUGGCAAACUCAUAAGCUGCGUUCCGUAAAAAUCCUGUGAAAAUUUCCAGGCGAAUCCUGUGUAAAUUUUGAGAUGGAUUCUAUGAUCAUUCUGUGACUUUUUUGUGUUAUAACUCUGAGACCAACUUUGGGAGUAUCCUGAAAUCGAUACAUUCUGAGAGAAUCCGUAAAACUCUGAAUUCUGUUAAACUAAUGAACCAAAUUUUCUUUGAAUCUGGAGAUGGAUUUUGGUAUAACCAUAAGAUGCAUUCUCUAAAAAUUCUGGGAACUAUUCUGUAACAUUGAGGAACAAAAUUCUACAAGAAUCAGGGGGAAAACUCACAAGCUGGAUUCCGUAAAAAUCCUGUGAAAAUUUCCAGGCGAAUUCUGUGUAGUUCUUGAGAUGGAUUCUGUGACCGUUUCUGUGAUAACUCUGAAAUCUCUGAACUCUGAGCCUAACCUAACAAACAAUUUAGCUAUACAAGACUUGAACAAACAGCUCUUAGGCAAAUUUCAGUUUAGGAAACUGUUAUUCAGCUAUCUCUUUCAAGAAUCAAGAUGCACAUUUUGUAAUAAGAUACUAGCUAGAUUCUGAUCGUUAGAAGCUCGAGGCGGAUUCUACCAAAAUCGUGGGGCGAUUUAAGUGAGAAUCUUGAAAGGGAUUCAGCAGGAAUUCUCAGACAAAUUUCGCUAGAACCGUGAGAUGGAUUCUGCUAUUUUUUUAAGACAAAUUUUGUAUGCUUUAGGUAAAGUCCUGUGAUUUUUUAUGUAAUAUCGGCGAAAAUUUUGAGAUGGACUCUAUGAUAAUUCUUUGAUAACCCUGAGAUGAACUAUGGAGAAACCAUGAGAAGGAUUCUGUCAGACUCUUGACAUAUAUUCUGUGACAAUUUAUAAAAAAAAGGUGUGAAAUUCAUGAGCUGAAACCUACGCAAGAACCAAAAGGUGGACUCUGUCAAAAUCGUAAGCUGGAUUCCGUGAAAAAUUCUUUGUGAAUUUUCAAGAAAAUUCUUUGGAAAUUUCAAAGCGAACCCAGUGAAAAUGUUGGAAUGUAUUCUUUAAUAAUUAUGACUCAGAUUCUGUGAUAACCCUGAGACAAACUAGGAGAAAAUCCUGAGAUGGAUUCUGGCAGAAUGCUGAGAUACAUUCUGGGAGAGUACUGAGACAUAUUCUGUGUAUUACAAUAAACAAGAUACAUGUAUUUUAGAUGGAAUCUAUAAGAAUGCCGAGACGGAUUGUGUAAGAAUUCAGAGACAAACAACCUGAGAUGUAUUCUGCAUCUCUUUUUGGGCCCUAAAUUUCUAAAUUGCCUUAGAAUUUGUCUUAUAGAAUACUCUAAGGCAAUUUUGAUACGGAUUCUGUGAAGAACUUGGAACAAUUUUUUAAUGAAUUCUGAGAUGAAACUAAACCGCUCGAUCAAUUUUUGGAUAAUCAUGCGACCGAUUCUGGUAGAAUCCGGAGACGCAUUCUGCAAAAAUCAUGAGCUAAAUUCUAAGAAUCAAGAGGUGGUCUCUGACAAAAUUCUAAGAUGGAUUCCGUAAAAAAAACUGUGAACCAACAACGGGAAAAUCCUGAGAUGGAUUCUGGCUGAAUGCUGAGAUAAAUUCUGAGAGAGUCCUGAGACGCAUUCUGUAAUAGUGAUGAGCUAAAUUUUACAAGAAUCAAGAUGCAGGUUCUGUAAUAAUAUUUUUGAUGAAUUCUGUAAGAAUCCCCAGACGGAUUCUCCAAAAAAAAAAUGCAGAGGCGAAUUAUACGAGAAUCGCAAGGUAAUUUCGACGAGAAUCGUGAGAUGGAUUCUGCAAGACUUCUGAGACCAAUAUACGAGAAUCCCGAGGUGAUUUCAACGAGACACGUGAGAUGGAUUCUGCAAGACGAAUUCUGAGAUGAAUUCCAUGAAAAUUCAGGACAGGCUUCAGUGACAGCUUGGUUCGUAACAAUUUGAGAGCAAAAUUUUGCAACGAUUCUGAGCAUGAUUUUGUUCGCAUCCCGAGCAGGAUUCUGCACGAAUCCUAAACUUGAUUUCGAACACUUUCAAAAACUCUUCUGAGCCUGUCAGCAUGUGGCAGGUUCUGAAAGAUGUAAGAAUUUGGAGACGAAUUCUGCAAGAAUUGUGAGAUGAAAAUUUCGAGAUGCAAUCGACGAGAAUCCUGGAAGGAAUUCUGCGAAAAAUCCUAGACAAAAUUUUCCAGAAUCGUGAGAUGGAUUCUGCAAGACUCAUGGAACAUUUUUUGUUCUAAUCCUAAGUUAAAUUUUCUGAAAAUCCUAGACAGUUCUUAGCGAGAAUCAUGGGUUCUGCACAAAUAAGCUGAAUUCUGGGCGGGGGUUUUGUUCGCAUUUAGAGCUGGAUUCUGCACGAAUCUUAAGCUUCAAUUUAGUAAAUUUCUAGAUAAUCAGCAAUUACUGCCUUAUCACCUACGCCACUUGAACCCUGAUCUCUUCUCAUCUUUGCGAACCGGCCUACGCCGCCGGUCAACCACGGUCUCCGUGAGAGAGGUCUUUUCGUAUCUUUCCCAAUCUCUGCUGAUCACCACUACCUACUUGCAUUGCGCACCGUUCCACCGAUCCGUACGGAACCAACUACUAGGUAGUGUUCAGAGGGGGCGGCAGAAUCGGAAAAGUCGCCGUUCGCCACCCUGUUGUUCAAGUCACACGAUAUUUUUAGCAACCUUUCCCUCCCGCUACGCGACCGUUCGUACGCGAGUGAUCCUCUCCGCAGAUGUGUGAUCUGCUGUGUGUGUCGUCGAUCGGGUGUUGAUCGCGCAGCAGAAUGAAAACAACUACUUGUGUGAUCGACGACGAUGACGACGAGACGACUGAUCGUGCCAACAAGAUUCGGUGAAGAUUUAGUGAACGCGUAUCAAGCAGAAGACUGAAGAAAAGAUGACACUACUGUGAAAAUCCAAGCAAAGUCUCUACGAAGAAGACGAAGAAGUGAUCGCGAUCGAUGACGGUUCUGUCAGUCAUCAUCUCAAUGGAUCGUCCACGGCAAAGACGUCCAGCAGCGGCGAUACGGCAGUCGCCAAGAAGUCGGUCAAGGUCGGCGAAGCAGCAGCAGCGUCUGCUGCGCCGGCAGCUCUACCAACCACCAACGGAACUUCCGGCCCUAAUCAUUGAAGCUACCGAGGAAGAUGCGGUUGACAGUUUCGGUGACGCGGCGAUGAACAGUGAACUACAGUGCCAGUACUACGGUUCAAGUGUGAAAGGGCCUCCGCAAGUGGCGGCGACGGCGAUGGAUGCUUAUCAGCACCACCCCCACCACCACCAGCAGCACCAGCAUCAACCACAGUUUGUACAGCACCAGCCACAGCAAUUAGUGCCAAGUGAAAGUAAUUACCAUCAUCAGGUGUAUCAGGCGUCGCCGCAGCAGCAGCAGCAGCAACAGCAGUCUCAGCCGAUGCUAACCAGUCCACCGAUACCGCCGAUAAGGAACUUUGAAAAUGUCAUGAUCGCUGGCGGCGGUGGCGGCGGUGUCGUUGGAAAUCCGCUGGUGGACUCUGGCGGGGAGGGAGGGUUUGUAUACGCGAAUCUGCUCGGAGGAGGAGGAGGCGGAGGAAAUCAUGUUAAUUACAACGGUACCUAUUACGGCGGCGGCGGCGGCGGCGGAGAGCUAAUUGAUUUAAGUGCAUCACAGCAGCAUCAGUUGCAUCAGCAUCAACCUGUUGCAACGUUGAGCCAUCAAUCAUCUGCCGUGCACCAGCAACAGCAGCAACAACAACAACAGCUCCCGCAUAAUGAUAUGUACAAUGCCGAUAUCGAUUUCAUGAACAAUUAUUUAAAAAGCCUUCCGGACUAUGCGGCAGUGGCCUGUCCGAGUUCCAGUGCAGGCUGUGGUGGAGGAGGAGGAGGUGGAGGCGGAGGAAUCGUGGUGAGUAGUGGCGGCAGUGGAAAGAGUGAAAACUACCGGCACCAUUACGUCAAUGACCCCUACCUGCAAUAUUACGACAGUGCAACGGCGAUGCAAGGCUACUAUCCGAUCGCCAAGUCCAGUUCGUACCACGCGUACAGCUCGAUCCCGUCCCUUACGUCCUCUUCGUCUGGAUCGGGGACUGGGAGCAACUCCACGGGAGGUCAUCCCACGUUUUAUCAACCGGUUCAGCACUUUCAGUCACAGCCAUACCAUCGUCAACUCCCGCCUCAGCACCAUCAUCAUCACCAUCAUCACCAUCACCAAGGCCAACAUCACUAUCAGCAGGGUGAUAAAUUAACUCGAAGUAAUUCGCACUCCAUCGUACAGCCGCGAGCCUCGACCGAGAACAAGUACGCUGGAGCCGGUUGUGCUCACAAGAAGAACAGGGCCACCCCAAACGAUGGCAAGGGUUCUUCUUCGACAGCACCCAAGCAGUCUAGCAUGAGCAAGUUCUGGCAGGAAACCACCUCCAACAAACCGUCCAACAACGCACCCAAGUUCGGCUGGAACUACGACCGCAUCAUGGCCAAAACCAAGAAGGACGUCCAGAACAGCAUCAACGAGUACAAGAAGAACGUCACCAGCAUGCACAAUCUGUACAGCAGUCCCGACGGCCACAUACCCGAGGCUAGCAAUCACUUUAAGCUAAGGAAGAACUAUUCCUACUCCCAUCUGGACAAGCAUAUCCGCGAUCACCUCACCGAGGAAGAGUUCCAGAAACUAGUCAGCGAGAGCGAGUCCAAGCCGAACUUCUACAGCAACCACUCCUGUAACUUCGUCAACCCGCUUUGCAAGAGCUUCUCCAGUGGCGCUAUGAGCUUCGGUCAACCCUUCCUACCCCCUCCGCGACCCGUCCCUCCUUCCAUCAGUCAAACUCCCACAAACCUCUCCAAAAGCUCCUCCAACACUUCCAUCCUCCGAAGACCUUCCAUAACCCUGCCGGACGUAACGGCCUUCAUCCCGUCCCUGAACCUCGCCAAGAGCUCCUCAUCCUCCUGCAUCUACACCAAAGCCCUCAAUCAACCCAACAGCAAGAAAUACAACCUCUUUACCCCCUACAAACCCAUCGUCCCGGACUCCCUCCCGCCCGGCGAUAUCAGCGCCACCAACAAAAUGAUCUCCAAGAACAAUGCCCUCAUCAAGAAGAGCGCCUCGUUCAACCCGUUCGGCAGCGGCGGCGGGCCUCCCCCUCGCAAGGGAACCGGCGAAAGCUUCUUCAUCAAGCAGCACAUCCCCCCGCCCAAUAAGGUCGUCAUCGACUACCCGCCCUUCACGAAAAUCUCCUCCAUCCAAAUCCCGAUCAACGGGCAACUCCCGCCGGCCUUCCCGAACCGGGACUUCAACAACAACCUCCACCACCCCCCGCAGGACUCCUGCAUCAUCAACAUCGAGGACAACAUCGAACAAAGCAUAGCGGACAUCUACAACGUCUCCGCUCCCAGCGGAGUCUUCAAAAGCUACUCGCACUCCCGCCUCAACCCGGACGCCAAGAACUUCACGCCCAGCCGAUCGCUCUGCGACCAGUCCACCGCCACCACCACUGCCCUCACCCGGUCCAACUCCAACAGCUGCACCGUGGCCAUCAACCACACCGGUCGGAUCCAACCCCUCCCGGUUGCGACCUCGAUGACCUUCGCCUCCACCGUCCAGGUCACGCCCACCUACGUCCCCGCCAAGGGCAUCACCCUAUCACAGUCUGCGACCCAGAUCGCCUCCUACGGCGACGAACCGGAAGACGAGGACACCAUCGUCCCGUGCGGCUCAGACCUCGACGAUGACGACGAAGACGACGAAGACGAUGACGAGUACGAUCUCAACUACCUGGGGGACGAAGACGGCGAAGCCGUCCCGGAACCCGACCAACCCACCUACAGCCACACCCUUGAUCAGUACUUCAUGCCGUCCACUUCCGCGGUGCAUCGCGGAACCGCCGAAAAACAACCGGACACCACCACCAUCCCUCGGAUAUUCAAGGCCUCGGCGGACAUCUUCCUGGAAACGGACGGUGCCGCCGGGCUGGAUCCCAGCGGGACCGGUCCGGGAUCCGCCGACCUGCAGUCACACCACCAGCAUCAAUACCUGCUGGAUGAUGACGACGAUGACGAGGAAGUCACGGCAGCCGGUGCGUUUCCCACCUCGCCGGAUUCCACAGAUUCCUGCUCGCCCGGAGGAGCGGGAUCCAGUACUACGGCGGCGGCGGCAGUCGCAACGGAGGACGAUACCGGAACGGAGGUAGCGCUUGAGUUUGCUUGGUGACGCCGCUUCACAGCUCCCGCUGCCCAUAGCUAACGCUGAUCCCGCGCCACUGCCAACCCGCGUUCCCACUGCCCACUGCCCAGUCAAUCGGUUUGUUCUAACAGCAUGGUUUUGUUGUGAGCUUUGUGUUGUCCGUGUGUGUGAAUUGAAGUAUUGUACUAAUUCUUCUAUUUCUAAGAUACUGUUUAGUUGUUGCAUCUGUUUUUAUAUUUUCCGACGAACGAAUUUGCCAAAAAUCGAAAAGAACAUGUCCAUUGAAAUAGCUUAUGGAUGGGUGUCGUGCACAGACAAACAUACAUACGAACAUACAUACGCACAGACAGACAAACAUUUCUUUCACUUGUUCAAUCUGAAUCAGUAUUCGAGUAGUUAGUGAAUGGCAGUUCCUGCAAUACGAUUCAAUCGGCAAUUUCUUGGAAAGCUUCAUCGGAACUUAUUUUGAAAUUUUCCUCCGAAAUUUCUUAGGACAUUUCUUUUGAAAUUCCUGUGGCAAUUGCUUCAGGUAUUAGUCAGUUUAUAGAAUAUUCUUUGAACCAUGGGUUUGGUAAUUUCUCAAGCACUGCUUUUAUAAAAGGUCUUUCGACAUUCCUGUCUGGAAUUCCUUCGCCAAUCUCUUUAUAAAUUACUUUGGCCAUUCGUCGGGAAUUUUCUCGUGCAAUAAAGAAAUUCAAGAAUUUCCACCAAACGGAAUUUUUGAAGAAAUUGGCAAUGGAGUUCCAGAAGGAAUUGCCUUUUCCCAAAAGAAUCGUCGAAGGAAUUUCAAAAAGGCAUUGCCGAAGGAAUUUUCAAAUAACAAAUUCCUUAAUUCCUUAAAUCCUUCUGGAAUUGCCUGAGAGAUUUCCGAAGAAAUUGCCAAAGGAAUUUCAAAAGAAUUCGCCAAAAAAGUUACGAUUAAAGAUUUCAAGUGUUGCUGAAUUUUUUUUUAAGAAAAUUGCCGAAGAAAUUCCUAUAAAAAUUACCGAAGAAAUUCCUAAAAAAAAUUCGAAAGCAUUUCCAAAGGAAUUGGACAAAUUGAUUCCCAAAAAGAUGUAGGAGAAUUUUCCCAAAGUUUUUGUUGAAAAAAAAAAUCCAAUAAAAUUGGAUUCUUGCAAUUCUUCUCCACAAUUCCUUCGACAACUCAUCAAGAAAUUUAUUUGGAAAUUUCUUCACUAAUUUUAUUGGAAUUAAACAAAAAACUUUUGGAAAGUUCUCCUGCUAUUUCUAUUUUGGCAAUUGUUUUUGCCGAUUCUUUUGGAAAUGCUUUCGCAAUUUCUUUAGGAAUUUCUUCUGUAAUUUUUAUAGGAUUUUUUUCGGCGAUUCUUUUGAAAAUUUCUUCGGCAACUCUUGAAAUCUUUUUUCGGAGUUUUUAGGCGAAUUCUUUUGAAAUACCUUCGGCAAUUAACUUGGAAAUCUCUCAGGCAGUAUAUUGGAAAUUUCUUGAGAAAGUCCUUUGAGAAUUCCUUUGCCGCUUCCUUUUCCAAAUUCCUUCGACAGUUGCUUUUUGAAAUCCCUUCCGGAAUUCCAUUGCAAAUUUCUUCAGCAAUUCCGAUAGAAAAUGCUUGGAUUUCCAUCGUUUUCGUUUGAGAAAUUUGCAAUAAAAUCGUCUAAGGAGAUGCCGAAAGGCUUUUGGAAUUAUGGAGAUUCCUAAAAGCAUUGCCUGUGAAAAUUCCAAACUAAUGGCUCAAGGAAUUUCCAGAGGAAUUGCCAAAGAGUUUGCGCUUUUCUUUCGAGAAUGCCUGAGAGAUUUCCGAAGAAACUGACGAAGGAAUUUCAAAAGAAUUAGCCUAAAAUUCCGAUUAAAGAUUUAGAGUGUUGCUGAAGAAAUUUAAAAAAAAAUUAAGAAAAUGCCUAUAAAAAAUACCGAAGAAAUUCCUAAAAAAAGGCGAAAGCAUUUCCAAUGGAAUUGGACAAAUUAAUUCCCAAAAAAAUGUAGAAGAACUUUCCCAAAUAAAAUUGUAUUUUAUCUUGAAAUGCCUUCACUAAUUUCAUUGGAAUUAAAAAAAAACUUUUGGAAAGUUCUCCUGCAAUUUCUUUUUUGGGAAUUGAUUUGGCCAAUUCUUCUGGAAAUGCUUUCACAAUUUCUUUAGGAAUUUCUUCGGUAAUUUUUGUAGGAUUUUUUUUCGGAAAUUCUUUUGAAAAUUUCUUCGGCUAUUCUUGAAAUCUUUUAUCGGAACUUUUUGGGCGAAUUCUUUAGAAAUACCUUCGGCAAUUCCUUUGGAAAUCUCUCACGCAGUUUAUUGGAAAGUUCUUGGGAAAUUCCUUUCAGAAUUCCUUGGACGCUUCCUUUUUCAAAUUUUCCUUCGGUAGUUGCUUUUUGAAAUUCCUUCCGGAAUUCCAUUUCAAAUUUCUUCAACAAUUCCGAUUGAAAAUGCUUGAAUUUCCAACGAAAUUGUUUAAGAAAUUUCCAAUAAAAUUGUCGAAGGAGAUGCCGAAAAACUUGUGGAAUUGUGGAAUUUCUCAAAAGCAUUGCCUGAGAAAAUUCCAAACUAAUGGCUCAAAGACUUUCCAGAGGAAUUGCCAAAAGAGUUUCCGCAACUCUCUCGGGAGUUCGUUGGACAACUCAUCAAGCAAGUUAUUUGGAAAUUCCUUCACUAAUUUUAUUGAAAAUUUCUUCAAAACACAUUUGGAAACUUCUCCAGUAUUUAUUUUUUUUAAGAAUGAAGUUGGCCAAUUCCUUUGGAAAUGUUUUCGCGAUUCCAAAUGGCAAUUUCUUUGUUAUUUUUUUUAGGAAUUUCUUCGGAAAUUUUCUUGAAAAUUUCUUCGACAACACUUCAAAUCAUUUACCGGAACUUUUAAGGUGAAUUCUUUUGAAAUACCUUCGACAAUUCCUUUGGAAAUCUCUCAGGCAGUUUAUUGGAAAUUUCUUCGAAAAUUCUUUUUAGAAUUCCUUCGCCGUUUCCUCUUUGAAAUUUCUUCGGCAACUCCUUUUUGAAAUUCCUUCCGGAAUCCCAUUGCAAAUUUCUUCAGCAAUUCCUAUUGAAAAUGCUUGAAUUUCCAACGAAAUUCUUUGAAAAAUUUCCACUGAAAUGGUUGAAGGAGAUGCAAAAAUACUUGUGGAAUUAUGGAAUUUCCUAAAAGCAUUGCCUGAGAAAUUCCAAACUAAUCGCUCAAGGAAUUUCCAAGGGGAUUGCCAAAAGAGUUCUCGCAAUUCUCUCGGGAAUUCUUCAAGCAAUUGAUUUGGAAAUUUAUUCACUAAUUUCUUUGGAUUUUUUUUCAAAAAACACCAUUUGAAAACUUUUUCAGCAUUUUUUUUUUUGGGAAUUAAUAUGACAAAUUCGUCUGCACAUGCUUUCGGUAUUUUUUAUAAGUAUUUGUUCGGCAAUUUUCUAGAAAAUUUCUCUGUUGAAAUUCCUUCGACAAUUUCUCUGUGAAUCUCUCAGGUAGUUUAUUGGAAUUUUUUUCGGAAAUUCUUUUGAGAAUUCCUUCGCUAUUUCCUUUUUGGAAUUUCCUCGACAGUUCCUUUUUGAAAUUUCCUCUGUAAUUCCGGUUAAGUGUAGAAUUAGCUUUAGUUAAAAUACACAGAAAUAAAAACCAAAAAAAAAAACUCUGUAAUUCCAUUGCAAAUUUCUUCAGCAAUUCCUAUUGAAAAUGCUUUGCUUGAUUUUCUAACGAAAUUGAUUAAGAAAUGUCCACUAAAAUGAUCGAAGGAGAUGUCGAAAGACUUGUGAACUUUCCUAAAAGCAUUGCCUGAGAAAUUUCCAAAGGGAUUACCAGAAAAGUUUCCGCAACUUUCUCGGGAGUUCCUUGGACAUUUUUUUUUUGAAAUUCAUUCACUAAUUUCAUUGGAAAUUUCCUCAAAAACGCAUUUGGACAUUUCUUUAACGAUUUUUUUUAAUUGAUUUUGCCAUUUACCCUGGAAAGGCUUCUGCAAUUUGUUAAGGAAUUUCUUCGGUAAUUUUUAUAAGAAUUUCUUAGUCAAUUAUUUUGAAAAUUUUUUUGGCAUCUCCUUUGAAUUAUUUUUUUCAGAAUUUAUUCGACAAUUUCUUUUGAACUUCUUUCGGAAAUUCCUUUGAGAAUUUUGCAUGCAGUUAGUGUAAUUUUUUUCGGGAACAUCUUUGAGAAUUACUUUGGCAUUUUUUUUUGGAAAUUGGGAAUUCUUUCUGGAAUUCCAUUUCCAAUUUCUUAAGAAAUUCCUAUAGGGAAUUUUGAAAUUUCAAAAACAAAAUUGAUUGAGACAUUCCCAAAAGAAUGGCCGAAAAAAAUAUAAAGAGAAAGGAUUUCGCUAGGGAUAUGCAGAAAGAAUUGUGGAAGGUAUUCCUAAAUCAAUUAGCUUAUAAAUUUCAAAAUGUAUAGCCGAAGGAUUUCCCAGAGGAAUUGCCAAAAGAACUUCUUCAGAAAUUUUCGAUCAAAAUUUGUAAGAAUUUUCCAAAGGGACCUCUGAAUCAGCUUCCAAAUGAUUUUUAUAUGGAUAUACAAAGAAAUUGCAGCAAUAAUUUCAUAAAAGUGCCAAAGGCAUUACCGACGGAAUUCCCAGAAACGAAUUCCACAAAUAUUUACAAAGAAAUAAUUUAAGAAAUUUCCAAAAGAAUUUUCGAAGAUAUUCAGAAAUUAUUUGCUGAACAUUGCCGAUAGAAUUUUCAGAAAAGAGUUGCCAGAGAAAUUCUCAAAUAAAUUACCCAAGUAAUAUUCAAAACAAUUGUCAACGAAAUUGUCGAAAUUCUAAACAUAUUUUUUUAAGAAUUGAUUCAACCAAUUCCUCUUCAAAUGUUUUGACGAAUUUCUGCUGUAAUUUUUAAAGCAAUUCAUUCGGCAAUAUCUUUGGAAGUUUCUUUGGUAACUGUUUUCAAAUCUUGUUUCGGAAUUUAAUCGGUAAUUGUUUUUCCUUUGGGUAUUUCCCAAGCAAUUUGUUGGAAAUUUCUUUGAGAAUUCUUUUGGUACUUCCUUUCUGAAAUUCCUUUGGCAAUUAUUUUUGGAAAUCUGUAUUUUUUUUGGAAAUUGGCGAUUCUUUCUGGAUUUCCAUUGCAAAUCUUUUCAAUAAUUCCGAUUGGGUUUAGGUAUUCUCAAAUUUUUGAAAAAAGUUUUGGUCAUUUCUAAAAGAAUUUCUAAAAGAAAAGAAAAGAAAGAAGAGGGGAAUUUAUAAAGGGAUCUCCGAAAGGAAUUCCCUAUGAGAAGGCCGAAAGAGUUAUGGAAAGCAUUCCAAAAAGAAUUGGCCUAUAAAUUUCAAAAUUUCCAAAUUGGCCAAAUUGAAGAAAUUCCAAAAAAUAAAGUUAAUCAGAUAUUUCCAUCAAAAUUAAAACAAUUUUCCAAAGGGAUCGUCGAAGCAGUUUCUUAACGAAUUUUGAUAAAAAUUUAAAGAAAUCACUGAAAUUGACAAAAAAAAAAAUACCAAAGGCAUUACUGAAGGAAUUUGUAAAAAAAAAACGAAUUUCACUAGAAUUUACAAUGGAAUAACCAAUUUCCAAAGUUAUUUCCGCAGGAAUUCUCAAAGAAAUUGCUGAUCAAGUUUUUAUGGAACUACCGAACUUUUUUUUACAAAAGACUUGCCAGAUGAAUUCUCAAAAAAAAAUGCCCAAGCAAUUUCCAAAAGAAUUAUCAAAGAAAUUGUCGAAAGAAAUUCUGAAAAUAUUUCCGGAGAAAUGUCCUCAGAAAUUGGUUACUUGGUUAACACAUUCCAAUGAGAUUUCCGGAGAAAUUCGAAAAGAAUUUUUCAAACGAAUCCUGAGGGAAAUUGCCGAAUCAGAUUGAAUGGAAUUCUCGAAGAAACUCACAAUGCUCAAAUUGAUUGCUGCAACUAUUUCCAUAGAAAUUUCCGAAGAAAGCCUCAAAAGAAUUCCCAAAUGAAUUUUCAGCGAAACUUUUCGAAGCAUUUUUCAAAGAAAUUGCGAAGAAAUUUGCUACGGAAUGACCGUUUGAUUAUCCAAAAAAAAUACUAGAGAAACUCCCACAGCAAUCGUCGAAGAAAUUCUCAAAAAUAAACGAGAAAGUAAUUCUUGAAAUUGCCGAAGGGAUUUUCAUUUUGCGAAUAAUUCAUUGUUCUUUGGAUGAGCGAUACAAUAGCACAUUUAGCAAUCAGCUAGUCAAGGUCCCUACAGAGAUUCAAUUGAUAGUGAACAAUUGUUUCGUUGCUGGCAACACUGCUGGAAUACGAUUAAAACAAUCUUUACAUUCAUAAUUCAUUGCAAGGUAGAUUUAUUUUCCAAUGUGUAUUGAACAAGGCUCAAGUGAGUACGAAGUGCUCUCUUGUUGUAGAGUUGGUUGGUUUUUUAUGCCUGGCAGCACUGGUUUAAAAGAAAUUUGUUGAAAUUCGUUAAAUUUCUAAAUGAAAUAAGCCCUGGGGAAAUUCCUGACAAUUUGUAGGAUGAAUUCUUAAAGAUCUUAUAGAUCCUUGGAGAUUAAAUCCUAUAAGGGAUGGUAGGGAUAUUUAUAAGGAAAUUACUAGAUUCCUCCAGAACUAUUUUUGCACAAAAUUUCAGAAAGAAUGUCGAAGUAUUCCUGUGCCUAUUUCUAGAGACACUAAAGCCGUACUGAAAGUCACUAUGUACACUAGCGCCACGUGGUAGUGAAAUUCGGAACUAUGCUCUUCAUGACCUAGAAGUACUCGUAGUCCUGAACAACCUUGCCGAAGAUCGUACCAUCUUAUCUGGCUUCAAUCUUGUGAUAUAUCACACCAAAGUCCUAUCGGAAGUAGCGAUGUACACUAGCGCCACGUGGUGGUGAAAUUCGGAACUAUGUUCUUCAUGGCCUAGAAGCACUAGUAGUCCUGAACAACUUUGCCGAAGAUCGUACCUUCCUAUCUAGCUUCAAUCUCGUGAUAUAUCCCACCAAAGUCGUACCGGAAGUCACUAUGUACACUAGCGCCAAGUGGUGGUGAAAUUCGGAACUACGCUUUUCAUGACCUAGAAGUACUCGUAGUCCUGAACAACUUUCUGCCUGGCUUCAAUCUCGUGAUAUAUCCCACCAAAGUCGUAUCCGAAGUAGCGAUGUACAUAAGCGCCACGUGGUGGUGGUAUUCGGAACUAUGUUCUUCAUGACCUGGAAGUACUCAUAGUCCUGAACAACUUCGCCGAAGAUUGUACCUUCCUGGCUCCUUGAAGUCCCCAGAAAAUCCUCUGAAACCCCUUUAACCCUUUGGAGCCGGAUAAUUUCGCCACUGCAAGCGCAAUCCCCGCAAGCUCCGAAUACCACCGGCUCCAAAGGGUUGAGCCCACUGAUCUUUCCGAGAUCCUCUGAAAUCCCAUGAUAAUCUUCUGAAAUUACCUAAAAUCCCACUCAACUCUCCUUGAAAUCUCCUGAGUUCUCCCCUAAACAUCCUGAAGCUUGCUGGAACUCCGUUGAAACGCUGUUCAUACUCCCAUUGUGUCCAUUUCUAACAUAUUUUAUAUUGUUACGAUUCGAAACAACCUGUACUGUUAAAUAUCCAUUUACGAUACCCCAUAUGGUACAUAACCAUAUGUAAAAUUGUUAUUUUAUCAUUUUCUAUAUGGUUGUCAGCAUGGUUAUCACAAUAGACUGUUUUUGUGCGAUGAUAGUAGAUUGCCAAGGUUGCGACCAUUCAUUUGCAAAGAUUUACAUUCAUUUGCUAUUAUCUCAGUUCAGAAGCAUGCUAUCGAAAAACAAUGUAUGGGUGAAUUUAACCUUGUAGUUUUAUCUGAAAGUUUGUCGAAUAACAUUGGGGUCGCAAACGUCUACCAAAGUCGUGAGCGAGCUGUGAAGGCAACUCUCCACGCGGUGAAUGUAAAUUUCAUUCACGCUGUGGAAAGUUGCCUUCACAGCUCGCUCACGACUUUGGAAUGCGUGUGCGACCCCAAUGUUAUUCGGCAAACUUUCAGAUAAAACUACAAGGUUAAAUUCAUCCAUACAUUGUUUUUCGAUAGCAUGCUUCUGAACUGAGAUAAUAGCAAAUGAAUGUAAAUCUUUGCAAAUGAAUGGUUGCAACCUUGUAGAUUGCUGCAGGAUUUCUCGUAGGUAUUCGCUGAGCAAC